GAGGCGGUUUAAUGUGAAUUGAUGAGUAGACACAGAGUUUGGUUUGGUAAUGGUCGCAACAAGCGAAGAGCACUAACUACCGACAACCACUCGCGUCCACAUUUGAAUUUUCCACAUUCCCCCACUCACGCUUUUAGCUCUUUCUCAAUCUUUCAUGGCGGAUUCUCUCUUCCUUCUCCUUCUCGUGUGAUUCUGAUUCUCCUCUCUAAGAUCCGUAUCUCUUACUCUCCCUUCUCAAGCUCACUUCAACCAUGGCCGCUUCACUACCAUUGUUUCAGCUUCUACUCUUUCUUCUUCUUCUUCUUUCAAGAACGCGUUUUUCAUCUUCAGAGUACUUAAUCGGAGUCGGAAGCUAUGACAUCACUGGUCCUGCUGCUGAUGUCAACAUGAUGGGCUACGCAAACUCCGAUCAAAUCGCUUCCGGUAUUCAUUUCCGGUUACGAGCUCGUGCCUUCAUCGUCGCUGAGCCUCAAGGUAACCGCGUCGCGUUUGUCAAUCUCGACGCUUGUAUGGCUUCUCAAAUCGUCACAAUCAAAGUUCUUGAGCGUCUCAAAGCAAGGUAUGGUGAGCUUUACACAGAGAAGAAUGUAGCAAUAAGUGGAAUUCAUACGCAUGCUGGUCCAGGAGGAUAUCUUCAAUACGUCACAUAUAUUGUGACGUCUCUUGGAUUUGUUCGUCAAUCUUUUGAUGUCGUCGUUAACGGCAUUGAGCAAAGCAUUGUCCAAGCUCAUGAAAGUCUCCGUCCUGGUUCUGCUUUUGUUAACAAAGGGGAUCUUUUGGAUGCUGGUGUGAAUCGAAGUCCGAGUUCUUAUCUCAACAAUCCUGCAGCUGAAAGGAGUAAAUAUAAGUAUGACGUUGAUAAAGAAAUGACGCUUGUUAAGUUUGUUGAUUCUCAGUUUGGACCUAUUGGUAGUUUUAACUGGUUUGCUACUCAUGGGACUUCCAUGAGCCGGACUAACUCGUUGAUUAGUGGAGAUAAUAAAGGCGCUGCAGCGCGGUUUAUGGAGGAUUGGUUUGAGAAUGCACAGAAGAAUUCUGAUAGUUUAAGAAAUAUCCCUCGGAGAGUAUCAAGCAUUGUUUCUGAUUUCAGUAGAAACCGUGAGUCAAAUCCUUUCCUUGAGUUACCUAAUGUAGCAAUUCUCUACAUUGCAGUUGCAGCGAGACUGAUGUGGAAAGUUAUGGUUUUGUUUUUGUUUGUUUCAGAGAGUAGACUUUUGGAUAUUGCAGCUACUUAUAAGUCCUCUAGAGGACAUUCUGUGGAUAAGUCCCUUGAUGUUAAAACCCGAGUAAGAAACACUUCGAAGCGUAAAUUUGUCUCUGCCUUCUGUCAAUCAAACUGUGGUGACGUGAGUCCAAAUACUCUUGGUACAUUUUGCAUUGACACUGGACUGCCUUGUGAUUUCAAUCAUAGUACUUGCAAUGGAAAGAACGAGUUGUGCUAUGGCCGUGGUCCGGGCUACCCUGAUGAAUUUGAGAGUACACGUAUCAUUGGAGAAAAGCAAUUCAAAAUGGCAGUGGAACUUUUUAAUAAAGCUACAGAGAAGCUGCAGGGAAAAAUUGGUUACCAACAUGCGUAUCUAGAUUUCUCAAAUCUUGAUGUCACAGUUCCUAAAGCAGGCGGCAGCUCUGAGACAGUUAAAACAUGUCCAGCUGCAAUGGGGUUUGGUUUUGCUGCUGGAACAACUGAUGGUCCAGGUGCUUUUGAUUUCAAACAAGGAGAUGAUAAGGGUAAUGUGUUUUGGAGACUAGUGAGGAAUGUGUUGAGAACUCCUGGUCCAGAACAGGUCCAAUGCCAAAAACCAAAACCCAUUUUACUUGACACUGGUGAGAUGAAAGAACCAUAUGACUGGGCGCCUUCAAUUCUUCCGAUUCAGAUACUUCGCGUUGGCCAAUUAGUCAUCCUCAGUGUCCCCGGAGAAUUCACAACAAUGGCUGGAAGACGUCUCCGUGAUGCUAUCAAGUCUUUUCUCAUCUCUUUGGACCCCAAGGAAUUCAGCAACAACAUGCAUGUCGUAAUCGCAGGUCUCACCAACACCUAUUCUCAGUACAUCGCCACUUUCGAAGAGUACGAGGUUCAAAGAUACGAGGGAGCUUCAACUCUAUACGGACCACACACACUCACUGCUUAUAUCCAAGAGUUCAAGAAACUAGCCACAGCUUUGGUUAACGGUCUAACACUCCCACGUGGUCCGCAACCGCCUGACCUUUUAGACAAACAGAUUAGUUUACUAUCCCCUGUAGUCGUAGACUCGACUCCUCUAGGAGUCAAAUUCGGUGACGUCAAAGCUGAUGUACCUCCAAAGUCAACUUUCAGGAGAGGUCAACAAGUUAACGCAACGUUUUGGUCGGGAUGUCCUCGAAACGAUUUGAUGACGGAAGGAUCAUUCGCUGUGGUGGAGACGCUGCGUGAGGGAGGGAAAUGGGUUCCAGUGUACGAUGACGAUGACUUCAGUUUGAAGUUUAAGUGGUCAAGACCGGCAAAGCUAAGCUCGGAGAGCCAAGCCACGAUUGAGUGGAGGGUACCGGAAUCUGCGGUAGCGGGAGUUUAUAGAAUAAGACAUUAUGGAGCUUCUAAGUCCUUGUUUGGAUCCAUUAGUAGCUUCUCUGGUUCUUCUAGCGCCUUUGUAGUUGUAUGACAUACUAUUAUAUACUACUAUUUGACUAAACAUGUCACUGUAUGGUGUAUACUUUAUGAAAUAAAAAGAGAAGAAAAGAGAUUUGAUUUGAAUUA